AUCAAAGUCACGUCGUAAGUCACGGCAUUUGCGUCGAUUGCUCUCGCUGCGAGACGACUAUGUUAAGGAUUUAGUUGUUGAUCACUAUCUGGUUCUGGUGUGGACUAUGCCGAACAGUGGGCUUACCUUAAAAGUUAUAAGGGGAUGUUGUCAUGUGAGAGAAUACGGGGAAUCGAUCCAGAUCCACUGCCACGCCACAACGGAUAGUGAUUGCCUGGCGUUAACUCAGCAGGCAAGUUCAUCUUCGCGGGUCUUGACCGUUGCGAUGCUCUGGCGGGAGUGAUGCUGAAGAUCCGCAUGUUUCAUGGUUUUCUGGCAGACUAUCCAAGAUAUCAAAACAAUUAAGGCGCACACGAUUUUGAAUGAGUGUAAGAAGGAUUACUAAAACGGCAAGAAACAAAGAAGUGGAAGGACGAGCAUAAUUGUGCAUUUUAGAUUCACCACGCUCGAUGGUCGUUCAGGAGCAAGCUCGUCUACUCUUUUCCAAUAUAAUGAUGGAGUAUCAACAGGAGCUCUAUCGAGGACAAAACACAGUCAAAAUUUUAACGUCUAAGACCGAGUUCUCCUAGUCCAGUGUGUGUACCCCAGUACGACCAGUAUGCUUCCGGCAGACGGACGGAACAAACUCGUGGAAGCACUUCAGGGCUUGGUAACUGAAGUAAAUGACGCCUUUGGAGAGCACAUUCUACUGAUCACAGAUGAGGUCGAACGGGACGAAAAAUUGGCCUUGUUCCGCAGCGCCGAUGUUUUGGUGGACACCCAGGUCCGAGACGGUCUCAAUCUCGGCCCUUUCGAGUUUUUGGCUUGCCAUCAGGACACUAGACGGGUAUUCACCGUGAUUUUGUCGAUGGUUCUUCGUUUUAGUUGUUGAUGAGAACUCGUCGUUUUUCCCUCUCUCUCUCUUUGUCAAUGGAAAGAUAACAUAGAAUAAACCUACUAGUACCAUCCUGAAAAUAGGCAUCGUUGAUUCUUUCGGAGUUUACGGGUUGCUCGCGUGUUUUGCAGGGCGCUAUCCAAGUGAAUCCUUGGAAUACGCAGCAGGUGCAAGCUGCUUGUGAUCGAUGUUGUAGGAUGGCAAUCGCAGAGCGCGUCGAAAGGUAGCGCAUGUGGAUUUUUUUAAGCUUGCUUCAGUAUUAAUACAGCAAACCAGCCUUUUAGAUAGUCUCCGUCUCAAUUUUUCAACACGAUCAUGAUCUGCAAUUAUUGUCAAACCAAGAUCGCUACACUACAACCUUUUUUGUUUUAUACACUCUAGACGCUGCCAAGGCCUACGCCUACAACCUUUUUUAUUUACUCUAGAAGAUCAAGUAGUAGUACACCUGCAGCUACAACAUGCAUGCAUAGUUGUCUAGUGAAUACAUAGCAAUAGUAUCUUCGUCCGUUUAGUGGACGAGGAGGCAGUAAGAAGGGCAACUCCACCAAUUUUAGGUACACGAUCGAUAUGGAUUAUUGCAAGAACCAUUCUCUUUUGAAGUGGGCUUUAGGGUUUUUGCAAGAUUUACGGAGUGCCAGGAAAAAAGACGAGUACAGCUAUAUCUGCUACGGAUUCGGUGCGAAUUACAGACUGAUGUCCCUAGACGCACAGUUUAGAAAAUUGGAGACCGAUGACGUGAUCCAGUCCUACCGAACCAGCCGGACGAGCCGCGUCUUCUUUUUGGAUAAUGUUAUGCUACAACGAGAAGGCCUAGGAAGAGUUCAAUAUUUUAGAACGUUGAUUUGAUAGAUGUUGGAGUUCGUGGCAUUUGCAUGAACCAAUUGAAGAAGCGUUUCGUCCUGUAAGACUCACUUGUGCCCACAACAUAGGAACUUGCUUGAAGUUUAUUUUGCAUCCGUCCUCUUUUUGCAAAGGUCCUCUGAAGCAAGCUAGUUCCCCUUCUCCUUUGAAGUUGUUAGUUCUCCUCUCUUUCAUGCCCAAAGGCACCUUGGCAGCGGAUCUGCGACAUUUGUACUCGCGUCGGGGCGCCGCACCGACGAAUAGCGAGGAGUUGAACUCGAAAGGUGCACCGCCCAGGGAGAGUGUCCUCCAAUGCCUUAGAGAAUUAUCAAGGGAUCCGAAGAACAUUGUCGUGGUCAUCAGUGGGAGAAGUAAGACGCAAAUGCAAGAUUGGUUUGCGUCUGUGCCUAAUAUCGGUCUCGCUGCUGAACAUGGCUGGUGCUACAGGUUGCCGAGCAUUUCGGGGGACGACUGGUAGUACUUACUACCUGCAUAGUAAUAUUGUAGUAAGUACUUGCAUAGUAAUAUUUGUAAUUCGCUUGGGUGUAGUAAGUACUUGCAUAGUAAUAUUAAUUUGUAAUUCGCUUGGGUGUAGUAAGUACUUGCAUAGUAAUAUUUGUAAUUCGCUUGGGUGUAGUAAGUACUUGCAUAGUAAUAUUAAUUUGUAAUUCGCUUGGGUAGAAGAUGGACAUGGAGUAGAAGAAAUAGUUAGUACAAGAACUCCCUAAGCUGGUCAAUAGAUUUUUUGUUCAACAUUUGAAUUGAAAAUUUGUUUACAAGGCCAAUGCGAUUGUUUACAAGGCAAGGGCAACCUAAUCAAAGGCUUUGAUUAGGUUGCCCUUGCCUUUGGUCCUCAAGAAGAAAACUUCACGAUAUCUUCAGGUAUGUUACGUCACAGGGGGUGGAAAACGGCAAGGACAGUACAUGGAAGAAAAUAGUUUUCGAGCUUUUAAAGCACUAUGUGCAUCGCACGCAAGGCAGUUACAUCGAGAACAAGGGCUCAGUUAAGGGUUGUUGGGACAUUCUCCAUUAUUUAGAAGCCUUCUUCAUCUUUGUUUACUCGUGAUAUUUAACUUAUUACAAGAAAAGAUGUUGCUUAUAAGACGUAAAGAUAAAGAACGAAGGCUUGUAGAAAUGAAUUGAAAUUGUCUCAGCCUCUUCUAACUCAGCAUUAGUAUGGACGUAUCGCGACUCCGAUCCUGAAUUCGGGAGAUGGCAAGCGAAGGAGCUGUCCCAGCAUUUGCGUGAGUUCAUGUUUGCCUUCCCAGUCGAGAUCGUAGAAGGGAAAGGCUACCUAGAAGUCAAACUUGCGGGAGUGAACAAGGGAUCGGCAGUGUCGAAGAUUCUGUCAAAUUAUGGCGAUUCUUUCUCAGAAAGCGGGCAAGAGAUGACAACAGUCAAGGAUAGAAGGUCGAUCUUGAUGUGAUUUUGUAUCUACUACAGGUAGUACGUCGAAGAUAUGUUUUUGUUUCUACGUUGGUAGGUAGUUAGGGGGUUAUGAACACUAUCAAGUACUGGGGACACUAUCAAGCACUGGGGACACGAUGAGGUACUGGGGACACGAUGAGGUACUGCGGACACUAUCAAGUAUUGGGGGCACGAUGAGGUACUGUGGACCCACACGAUGAAGAACGUUCGUCUACGCCAACGAAAGGGAAACAAAGGGAUCUUCUUCUCCUUCUAAUCUCAGAUUUCGAAGAUUCGGGGAGAGCCGGAUUUCAUCCUUUGUAUAGGCGACGACCGCUCGGACGAAGACAUGUUUCAGGUUAUAAAUGCUUAAGGCUGUAGAUAAUGCUUUCAUCUUUGAGAGGGGGCUCAAUGUGAAGGAUCCAUAACCUAACCUAACCUAAGACCUGGGGCGGCCAUACAGUCUCUACGGUGGUCUCGAGUGGCCGUAUAAUGAGAAGGACACACUUGACAUCGUCCUUGUGCUGAAAGUGAUCAUGCACAGUUCUAAAAUGCAAUGCGGGAUGAGCGCGCAGGUCCAGACAGCUGCAGUAC